ACGCCUAUUUAUUUUUACCCAUUGUUGGAGAGAGCGAGAGCAGAGAGAGAGAGAGAGAGGAUUAUCUUUCCCCUGGGUCCUCUGUCCCCAGUGAUCUGAGUCCAGUUCUUUUCUCUCUAUCUCUCUCUGUGUCUCUCUCAACUGUUGGGGUUGAAAGCAUUUCCUUUUGGUUCUUUGGGAUUAUGCACUGAUAUGGUUUAUGAAAUGAGAAUUUUCUUCACAAAGAAGAAGCAGAUAUUCUAAUGGCUCAAUACUCUUUUCCUGGGUUCCCUGCCUCCUGGAGCUGUUCGGGGAUGGGGCAUUGAGUACGAGUUGCUAUUCCUAAACAUGCAACAUCAGCUCUGAUGUGAUUCUAGUUUCGGCGACGACAUCAUGUUGAUGCAAGGAGAUUUUGAUCUGAAUUCAGUACAAAUAUGUACCCAGUCACUUGAAGAAGCUUUGAAGCAAACUAUGCUCAACCAGGAGGUUUUAUUUAGGAAGCAGGUUGAGGAACUCCAUCGGUUAUAUACGGUGCAGAAGACGCUGACGGAGAAUCUUGCCUGGAAGGAGUUUCAUGCAUACAAUUCAAUGAAAGCAAGAACCCAUUCAACUCUGUCAUCUUGUGAAAAUCAAACAAGCUUUGAAGCGCUCGCGAAAGAGACAAUCUUUCCCUCGAUUCUCAUGGUGGGCCCAACACAAUCUACAAGCCAUGUGUCACUAGAAGAGCACCUUAGGCAGAGGCCUCCAGAUCUUCAACUUCCUGAUCAGUAUAUUAGACAUGCUUAUCCAGAGUUGAAACUCUCCCUGGGCAGUGGAGAAUACUCUUGGAGCAAGGGGAGUGCUAAGAGAAGUUGGUUCCAUAAAGAAGCUCAUUCCUGCAGCCACAAUGUUAUUGAUUUAGAAGAGUCAAUUGAGAGGGUAUCAAAUGAGGAUGAAAAACUUGCACCUUCUGGAGGUGAGAAUGAGUCAGAAGUUUCUGUCCUUUCUGAUGCGAUCAUCUCAAGUAGUGUGAAGAAAGAUUUACCAGAUGGUGGGAUUGCAGACAAUUGCUCUCUUGUAGAUGACCGCAAAUGCUGUCAAGAGCAGAACUCUUUCAAUAAAGGAUUUAAAAACUGCCAUGUGGGUAUUCCAAGUACCAAUCUUUUCACCAAGAUGCAACAGUCCCCAUCAUUUAAAGCAGCACAUGUGGGCCUUAACAAAGUUCAACUUGAUGACUCGUCUUGUUACUCAAAUGAUCUUGUGGUCGCCCGUCCUUUAGCAGCCAGCUCAGAACAUGUUUUCAUUGAACCAGUUGGCAGGGUUCAGGAGGACACUUGUGCAUCCCUGACUUGGAGAAAAGAAAAUAAUAGCUCCUCAAAUGAAACCUCCGACAUGCUUCACCAAGAUGAUGCAGUGAAUUCUUCUUUGGAUCCCAACAACAAAAGCAAUAGGACAGAAAUUUGGGCUACAACUUCCAAGUUUGAUGGUAUGGGUGGAAGUGAAGUAAGCCUUUCAGGUGUUGAGGCUGUCAGGCCCCCACCAGGCUUUUGUGAAGACCUUGGCUGCCAUAGUAGUGACCCCAACAAUGGAAAUGUUGGGUUCAUGUCAGAACUUUCAAAUAAUCUUUUAUAUAAACCAAAUCGGACAUGUAUAGAUACUAGGCAGAUGAACUUUGAGAAGAGCGAAGUGGUAGAUCUUUUACAUUCUGGUUCUGAUGGAAGUCAAACUACAGUUCUGGAAGGACGAGGCAACAUAUCUCCUACUUCAUGCAAGUCCCACUCCAAUGUUGAGAAUGACUCCAACAGUGCCAAGACUAUGCAAUCUGCGACAGAAAUGGGGAAUUCAAAUCUUUCAGAUUUUCAUCAUUUCUCUGGACCCAAUAUAGUUUCUGGAGUUGCAGAAACCUUACCAGGCGAUCAGGAGCAAGGAUCGUCUGACAGCAGUGCAUCAAAACAUGAAUGCAGCAGUAAGAACGAAGAAUCAUCUGAAGCAGAUUUGCUGAUGAUCCAGAGGGCAGCUGAAUCACUUGUCCAUUUCUCGUUGGAGAUCUCAUCUGGUAAUCAAGAUUGUUCUACCAAAGCAAUACUAACUGAGACGAAAAGCAAGAAGAAGGAGCAGCCACAGUAUUCUUCUGAUUCUUUUGAGUUAAUUUCUCUGAAUCUAAAAGAAUGUAGUGCAGAUGACUAUUCUGUAUCAUCGAAGCCACUAGAAGUAAAUGACAUAGAGACAAAUGAUUUUUCUUUGAAGUUAAGAAGGGGGAGGAGAUUGAAAGAUUUUCAGAAGGAUAUCCUUCCUGGUCUGGCAUCCCUUUCCAGACACGAAAUUGUUGAGGAUAUCAACAUUCUAGAAGCAGUUCUAAGAUCAAGAGAGUACAAGAAGAUCAGAGCAAAGAUGGCUGACAAACAGAGCUGGUGUGCGCCGCCCGUGAGAAGCAGACGGUCGACACGCAAUUAUGUUGCGAGGAAAAGAUUUUAAGGAAAUUUCAUUCUAUGUUUGGGAGUGCCAUUAUAUGAAAAUUCAUUUUACUUUAUUUUUUGUUUGAAUUGAGAAGUGGCAUUAUUCAUGAAAAUAGCUCUAUUGUGAGUCUAAGCAAAACCAAAAGGUUUGUUGUGUCUCUGUAUACCUGCAAGUAUACUUUAAGCUAAUUUUACAUGGAGUGGUUACUGC